GCCACCUUAUAACUAUCAGCAUGGAAUCUAAUUCGAUAAUAUUUGACCUAAACAAUCAUUGUUUGUGUUUAGUUUUUAUUUAGAGGUAGCUAUGAGCUUCUGACAGAACGCACUAACACGAAUGAGCUCAUCAUUACCAUUAUUCCACAGCCUACGCUGACAUUUAGACCGAAAAAGCUACAAUCUGUUAACGCUAAAAUUGUUGGCAAGCUUCGGAGGGCCGGUGAACACUAUGUCAUUUGCUUGCCGUUGUCUGAACUUGAUUGAGCAUCUAUUAAACGUAUGGGCCAUAAACAGUCGCAAGGCUACGAAAUGUUCUGGUAGUACGACUUUUUGCGUCUGUAUCUUUACGCAAACAGUCAGACGCAGCAGGGAAUAUUCCUAAGAACCUCAUGAAUCCAUUGACACUAAAAGUGACGCUGACGUUCAGCUCUGAUCGACACGUUAACAAUUGACGUCCACUGUCUCCUGUUGUAUAAAAAGGUAUUGGCUGUUCCAGUUUGUCCACUGCGCCUGCUGUCCUAUAUAGUACAGCUUAGAGUUCUUUUACGUCGCAUCGCAAUCCAAUUGAGCCGUCAAAUAGAGAUUCGUUUACAAUGACUCCUUUAGUCCUCCUGCUCCUUAGCCUGACAGCGCCUCUGGCGUUUGCGGUCCCUCAGUGCAAGAACCAACAUGGAAAGGACGUUGAGUGGUUCAUUAUUUACAAGCUUCCGAAGAUGAGAGAAAAUGGAAGGUCAACUUUCACGCCGAACGGUGGUGAGCUUGCCUACGUCGAUUCAACUAUGAAGCUUUCCACUAAAGGAUUUAGGCUGUUAAAGGCUUCUGCAUUUGAUAUGAAAGGUAACCCGUUCGCCUUGACAAUAGCUGACCUUUUCCAUGGCUUGAAACCUAAAAACUCGCUUUACGUCGUAUACAGUGAUCAGCCUCCCGACCCUUACAACGGAACCGCCAAGGGACACACAAAGGGUGUGGUUCAGUUCACCAAAGAUGGCGGCUACUGGCUGAUGCACUCUGUGCCUCGCUUUCCUCUCAAUGUUCUUUCGAAGAAAUUUGAGUACCCGGAAUCCGGUCGUGGUAACGGGCAGGUAUUUAUGUGCAUCUCCCUUGACGGUGGCCAACUCCCUAAAGUUGCUGCCGCUCUCAUCCAACAGUACCCUUACAUUUACGAGUCGGGUGCUCCCGAAAGCCUUCUUCAGGUCGAGAAUGUUACCGCAGUCAUAACGAAAAAGUUUGUUCGCCGCCCGAAGAAGCCAGUACUAGAGGGGACACUUGUGGGUGCUAGCGGAACGAAGUUUCGAAGUUUUGCCAAACACCAGGCUGCUAAUGACGAAAUUUAUUCGAAGAUCAUCGCACCUAAGCUUGGCGUUCACAUGCUUGUCGAAACAUGGCGUAAUGGUAUUGGGGGUAAACUCGGCCCCACCUGUCCACUAAGGGGUGUCACCGUGACCAACAUGGCCAAUGUCGUCAUCAAGUUCGAUAAUGGCCAGCAAGUUGUUUUCAACACGACUGAGGAUCACGCAAAAUGGGCUGUCUCAAAUGAUGUUAAAAAGCCGUGGUUUUGCAACGGGUCUCUCAACCGUAUGCUUUCCCAGUACGAGCGUGGAGGACAAGCGAUUUGUAUCUGGAAUAAACUUGUACAUCGCCUCUUUACCAACGCUGUGGAGAAAUGCCAAAUGUGCGACGGACGUCGCGCGGAACAUAAUUUCUGCAAAGAAACCGUUAACGACGGAUGAAAUGACGCAACAAAAUGAAGUCAAACUUCAGCUGGAGCUAUUUCGCAUAGCAUUCUAGCCAUCGAUGUACUGUUCUCAAUAGCAGACCAGCUCAAAAAAGGUUGA